AAGAUAGAGAGAGAGAAAACAAUGAAUCAGACAGUGCAGAAGAACACCUUGUACGUAGGUGGAUUGGCGGAGGAAGUGAAUGAGGCGAUCUUGCACGCAUCCUUGGUACCGUUUGGAGACAUCAAGGAUGUGAACACGCAGCUAGACCAGGCCACGCAGAAGCACCGCUUUUUCGGCUUUGUCACUUUUCUAGAGAGAGAAGAUUCCUCCGCCGCCAUGGACAAUAUGGACGGCGCCGAACUCUACGGCCGCGUCCUCACCGUUAAUUACGCUCUCCAGGAGCGCAUCAAGGGUGGCGAACAGGGUUGGGCUGCCCAACUUAUUUGGGCGGAUGCCGAUACAUGGUUCGAAAGACAACAAUAAGAAGAGGAAAUGUAGAAACUCCAAGCAGAGCAUAGGGCUGCCAUGGAGACUGCAGAGGAAUUACACAGGAAAAAAAUGGCAGAGGAGCGAGAGGGAGAGAAGGAAGAUGGAGAUAUCAAAGUUGAUCCGAUGGCACAAGCUGAAGCUGAGGUUUUAAGAGAAAAUAGAUUUAUAGAUAUUCGGUAA